CACCAAGGCAAAUCCGAAAAAUGCGGCCCAUCAAUAUAUCCUGGUGUUCGAGUGCCAUAGAGCCGCACAUAUGAUGCCUCUCUUUAGCCAUGCCCUCCAUUGCUUCACUGGCUUGCUUUUCUGCGUCUUCGUUCCUCGACACCUGUAUCUAUUUGUCUUAUCUUACCAGCUUCAUCGUUAGCCCAACAACCGAAGCCAGACGCAAGCCGACCUGCAGUAUCAGUGAGCAAACGGCGACGGUGGGCGGAGGCAAUGGCGACAUAAAACCCCCCCAUACUACAAAUACCUUUAUUUCAACAUCAGGGAUGUUAGGGGUGCACCCAAAAAGCCUAUGACUGGCUUGACAGAGGGGCGCACCCCCGUACAUAAAAACCGGCAGCAACAGAACACGGACAGAAGAAAAAGAAAAAAAGAAAGACUACAGUCUAUGGAGACUACCUACUAUAAUCUACUGCCGUCACUACCGCUGUGAAUUAUGGUGCGAAACUCUAUGCUGCUGUGUAAGCAGAUUAAGUACGACGGACUUGCACGCUUACACCGUCCGCCGUUUCCCGAUGCUGUGCCCGAUUGAAAAUGAAUAACAACAGUAGCCGAAAAAUGAAUAAACGAAAGGAAGUGUUCUUUGCCGACCGCUUAAUUUUUUAUCUGUGAAAACUAAUGACUACCAAAAGCUGUGAACGACAUAUAUUUCACUUUAUCCAACUGUAUUUUAGAAUAUCCGGCAACCACUAGGGACACAAACACAUGUUCUUUGAAACCGAAACUAGAACUUGAAACAACUACAACUUGCCAACGCUAUCAUCAUUAUCACUACCCAAUGGGGGGAGGAGGGGAGUGAAAACUAGGUUAAGGAAAAGAGGAUAAAGAAAGGAAAAAAAAAGAAUAAUAUUAAAAUAGGAGGGGGAGCAAAAGGCUAGGUGGCGCCAGCCGCCGCCCGUUACAAAGGGUAUAGCCGCCAUCCAUCCAUCCAUCCAUCGACGGAUAAAAUGGCAGAGUGGAUCGGCGUGGCUACCGGCGUUGUCGCAUUGUUGUUGUUGUCUCGGUUGCCUUGUGCUUGCCGAGAUCGUGUUUAGGUGCUGUAGGUGUUCUGUAGCUGUACUCGUUUCCGUGAUCAAGCAGUGGCGCGUGAAGUGCUGUGCGGUGAACCACGAAGCAAUUUGCAAGACAUCUGUAGAACUAGCGUGCGCCAACAUUGUAGCGUGGGGCCUUCUCGCUCGACACGGUAGCCAUGGACGCGGGAAAAGAAAACCCUCUGGUCCUUUCGUGGCACGACACAGCGUGGUUGCCCGCGCUUGACCCGUCGAAUGUGAUGGACUACUUCUCAGAACGUAGCAAUCCGUUCUAUGACCGCACGUGCAACAAUGAGAUUGUGAAGAUGCAGCGCCUGAACCCCGACCAGUUGACCCACAUGACGGGCCUAGAAUACGUGCUGUUGCACGCGCAGGAUCCCAUCCUGUACGUGGUGCGCAAACAGCAUCGCCACUCGCCUACCCAGGUGACACCGCUGGCCGACUAUUACGUGCUGGCAGGCGUUGUCUACCAGGCGCCGGACCUCGGCUCGGUGCUCAACUCAAGACUUUUGGGUGCUGCUCAUGCGCUGCAGGGCGCGCUCCACGAAGCAAUGGGCUACGCGAGGUACCACCCGUCGCGCGGAUAUUGGUGGCACUUCAAGGACAACCCCGUUGCUACUACUGCUACCACGACGCCCGCCGCUACCGGCGCCGCGCCGAGCAACACAGGCGCGAGCCUGUUCCAGCGGCGCCGCGUUGACAUGCUUCUCGCCGAGCUGGCGGCAAAAUUCCCUCCCGAGCCGCCCAAGCCGGAGCCCGCCGACGUCAAGCCGGCGAAAACCGCCGACAAGAAGCAGACCCGGCCCGCAUCUUAGCGCACUAGAUGGUGCCUAGUCACUGCCUUUCUGCAAGUUCUCCCUGCUGUAAGAAGGCUGGGCGACAUGGUUUGUGCACAUGUGCCAUGAAGAAAGCCAGCCAUACCACCUGUCCUGUCUGAAGAGCAGUUCGAAAACCUGUUUCUAUGCCACCUUGCAGC